AGCUAUUAUUUUUGGAUUUGUUGAAGCGGAUCUAAACGCCUGCUUUGUAAUAAACCGAAUUCUUAUCAUAUGUAGAUUUUAUAUUCAUAAAUGUAAAUUUUCGAAUUGUAAACCUAUUUUUUUUUUUUGUAUUCUAAAAGAGAUAAAACAUUAUUUGGUUACAAUUUCAUCUUCGCUUAACAAAAAAAGCACUCAGAACAUGUACAAUUUGCACAGCCUACAGACUUUUUUCUUUACUAAAAUUUUCUUUUUAAUUGGAUAAUGCCCUUUUUCUUUAUCUUUUAUUUAUUUAUUUACAUUCUUACUGUCUAGUUUACUUCUGUUUUCAGCUAUGAUGUUGUUUAAGUGUUUUCUGUAACUGUUACGUAUAUUGCUGUUAUUCUUAAUACUUAUUAUGUUCUAUUUUGGUUGUACCGUACUGUAAACAGAAUGUUCAAAUAAAGCAAUAAAAAAAGAGACUUGCUUCGGUUCCUCUCUCCUCACAUCUCAUCACAUCUCCUAACAUCUCCUCAAAUCUCAUCACAUCUCCUCACGUCUCAUCCUCACGUCUCAUCCUCACAUCUCACCUUCACAUCUCCUCCUCACAUCUCAUCCUCACAUCUCCUAACGUCUCCUCACGUCUCAUCCUCACAUCUCCUCACGUCUCAUCCUCACAUCUCCUAAUGUCUCCUCACGUCUCAUCCUCACAUCUCCUCACAUCUCCUCACGUCUCAUCCUCACAUCUCACCUUCACAUCUCCUCCUCACAUCUCAUCCUCACAUCUCCUAACGUCUCCUCACGUCUCAUCCUCACAUCUCCUCACGUCUCAUCCUCACAUCUCAUCCUCAUAUCUCCUCCUCACAUCUCAUCAGACGCAAGGAAAGGAAGCGAGGACAUACACAAAUAAGAAAUGAGAAGCACAGUCUUUUUUGAUUUUAUUCUGAGCUUUUAUUUGAACCUUUAUUUUGAAAUGAAAAUGAUGGCGGUCUUAUCCUACCCGGAAUUUAUUAUUAUUAUUUUUUUUAAAGAACAUGAGCUGGAAUUGGCUAGUCUCCGUUCUCUGUAAUCUGAUUGGUUAAGCCUUCACACACACAACCAAAAGUAGCUCCCGCGUUUUUGCGCAUGUUUUGUUGUAGUCCGGUUGUGUUACGGUGGCUGGCAGGAGGAUGAAAUCCGCGAAUGUAUCGAGUAGUCCUGGAGAAAAGCCGAGAAGGCCUCCGGUAAAAGUUCUGUCCAGCCAGCUGAGAGAGGGGUGCACCGUGGGGAGCGGAAAGCCGGAGCUGAGUAUCCGGAGACUGGGCGGCGGAGGCGGCGGCUCGUUAACGGUGUCGGUGGUGUGGAUGCAGGGCACAGUGCUGGAAGCGCACACUGACCGGAACUCUGUACUGCUUCUGGACGAAACGGGCAACUUUCACAUCACCGGUGUUAACAACAUCCCAAGAGGAAAACCCUGCCUCAGCCCUGGGAAAUACGUGAUGGUCAUGGGCGUGGUCCAGUCGCAGAGUCCGGAGCCAGUGCUUCGUGCAGUGAAGAUUGCAGAUCUUUCAGAUAACGCAGCCGUGCACAGGAAAAUGUGGAAAUACGAAGUUGAAGACCUCCAACAAACUUUGCCAUAAUGAACUGGAGUAUUUUACAGAACUUGUGGAACAACACAAUGAUAGAAACAUCAGUACCAAUGUGUUUUUUUGUUUAUUUGUUUAUUAAUCUUGUGUGUGACAUUAUUUAUUUUAUAUACUGACAAUAAAAGGUACAUAUAAAACUUUGAGACUGAGUAAAAAUACUGUGUAACAAUGUGCCAAAACGAUACUUUUUUUUUAUAAGAGGG